AUGGCAAAUCUCAUGCAUAAACUCUUCAAAAACAAAUCCACUCAAAGGCUCAUCGUCACUUUGAAAUCCCCACAACAACUCCCUACACUCACUCCUUCGCUUAUUCCCCACCACGUUUCAUUAACCAAACCAGAUUCCCUUAAUGAACCAAGUUUUUUCCUCAAUCCCAAAAUCCUAAAAGAUUGCAACUUUACUCAACCUUUGAAGUUUUACCCCAAUUUCCCAUUUGGGUAUUUAUUGAAUCCCAUCGGCUCAACUGGGUUUGACCCAUUAAUGGCAAUGGAGAUAGAGGAGGGGACAACAGAGACCGAAGAUGAUGCUGGAAAACUUUGGGCUGAUAGUGUGAAGAAAAAGAGGAAGAAGAAGAUGAACAAGCACAAGUACAAGAAGCUGAGGAAGCGUCUGAGAAGAAAGACAUAG